AUGGCUGAGACCUCUACAAAUAAAGAAACCCAUGAUGUGGUUGUUCUCAAUGUCAAUGGUGCAAAAUCUAAUGCAGGCUCCAACAUCUUUGUCUCUGUCCCUUUCUUACAGAAGUUGGUGGCAGAGUUAGUGGGGACAUACUUUCUGAUAUUUAUCGGAGGAGCAUCAGUAAUUGUGAAUGCGAACAACGAGAACAUGGUAACGCUGCCAGGGAUUUGCAUGGUUUGGGGUCUUCUCGUGAUGGGUCUAGUCUACACUGUUGGUCACAUCUCUGGUGCCCAUUUCAAUCCUGCUGUCACUCUCGCUUUUGCUUCCAUUAAACGAUUUCCUCUCAAACAGGUACCAGCUUAUAUAUUAAUCCAAGUUGUAGGAUCCACUCUUGCAAGUGUGACUCUAAGACUUGUUUUCACAGGAAAACAUGACCACUUCAUAGGAACAUUGUUGUCUGGCUCAUAUCUUCAGGGCUUUGUGGUUGAAUUCCUCGUCACUUUCUAUCUUAUGUUUGUCAUCUCUGGUGUGGCCACUGAUAGCAGAGCGAUUGAUGAGCUAGCUGGGCUUGUCGUAGGGGCAACCGUGAUGAUUAACUCGUUAACAGCAGGGCUGGUGACCGGAGCAUCAAUGAACCCAGCGAGAACCCUAGGGCCGGCAAUCGCAUGGCAUGAGUAUAGAGGAAUAUGGGUGUAUAUGAUAGCACCAGUGGCAGGAGCGGUAGUGGGUGCAUGGGUUUAUAACAUCAUGAGGCAUACAAACAAGUCAUCAAUACAUGAGAUCACAAAAAGUACUUCUUUUCUCAAAGGUUCAAGCUCCAGUAGUUGUGGAGCCAAGUGA